AUGGACGGAGUACGAUCCUGGUUGGUCCUCCUCAUAGCCGGCGUCGCCGGUGUCAUCACCUACCUGUGGUUGUCGGCGAAAACCAAGCAAUCGUCAGUCUCGCGACCACGAUUACAAGCUGUGCAGGAGAGCUCCGUUAAAGACUCACAACCAAAGAUGCCAAAGACGAGAGAGAACCGUGCGCGACCUCCUCUGGAAGUCCUAUUCCCCAGCCCGACCGACGCAAAUGACGAUGCUGAGGUUGACAUCAUUGCCGUACAUGGCCUUGGUUCAAACGUCGACUGGUCCUGGACGUGGAAAGACGGCUCGAAGCGGGUCAACUGGCUUCGAGACCCCGACAUGCUGCCCGCGAGGGUGCCCAAGUCGAGAAUCAUGGUGUACAAUUACGAAUCGAGGUGGCACGCCGACGCACCGAAAACGCGCCUUCAGCUCUGCGGCGAGGAGCUCGUACAAAACGUUCACUCAUUCCGUCGCGGUACUCCUACGCGUCCAAUCGUCUUUGUCGGCCAUAGCCUGGGUGGAAACGUCAUCGUCCAAGCCCUUUUGCACGCCAGUGAUGAGGACAAGUACAAGGGCUUCCUCGAGGCGACUGCUGGUGUAGUUUUUCUGGGCACGCCCCUGCGGGGCACGAAAUGGCAACCCUUCCUCGACUCCCUUGCUCAGUUGAUGGCGCCAGCUGGGUCACAUCGCGGGGUCACAAAAGAACUCGGAUUCGACGGGCCAGAGCUGAGGGACAGGUUGCAUCGGUUCUGCCGGCUACGCAAUAGGCUUUCGAUGCCUGUGUCCUGUUUCUUUGAACUCUUUGAGACGGACUAUGGGCAGCGGUUUGGAAUCCGCCGAGUAGUUAAAGGAACGAUUGUCGACGAAGCAUCCGCCUGCAUCCCGGGGCUCGAUCGACGUGGUCUCGAGGCCGAUCACUUGAAAAUCAACAAGUAUCGUGGUCCAGACGACCACGGAUAUCAGAAAGUCUCAGACGUGAUCCACGAGAUGUGCGGCAAUGCCAACAACGUCAUUCGACGUCGGCACGAUCCGAAAAACAUCAUCACCGAUAGUGCUUACGCACUAGAGCAGCGACCCGAAGCCAGGGCCUGUCUACGUGACCUUUUUGUGACCGACCCGCUCGAAGACAAGAAGGCUUUGAAGCGCAAGAAAGGAGACCGCGCUCGUGGCACCUGUAAUUGGAUCAUGGGCGCCGAAGAGCUCACCACCUGGCUUGGCCCCGGCCCGACAAACAGCUCGGAGGGUCAAGCGAGUCAAGUUCUAUGGCUCCAUGGGAACCCAGGCACGGGGAAGUCCACGAUGGCCAUCUUCCUCACUGAGGUGUUGUCAGAAGCCUUUUCUGCAACGGAUGGGAAAACGCUGGCAUACUUCUUCUGUGACUCCACGUUUGACAAGCGGAACACAGCUACGUCAGUCAUCAGGGGCCUUCUUCUUCAGCUCGUUCAGCAGCACCCACAGCUUCUCGACUACCUCUUGCCAAAGUACAAUGAACGUGGAGCGGAGCUGUUCAAAUCGUUUGACGCCCUCUGGGGAAAAUUACUAGAAGUGGCGGCGGACAAAAACACUGGCCGGAAGUAUUGCAUCAUCGACGCUCUGGACGAAUGCGACGCGGAAUCGCAGACCACUCUACUGCAACAGCUUAAAGAAACCUUCCGCGGUCGGAAUGCACCGCCUAACCUUCACAUACUGGUCACCAGUCGGCCCUAUGACGAGAUCCGCGAGCAUUUGGACACCUUCGCGAACAUGGACUUGGCUUCCUAUCGCGAGGCAAAGAAAGAUGUUGAACGUUGCAUUGAGGAGAGAACAGCAGACUUAGCGGAAAUGAAGCGCUACACGGACAAAGUUCGAAUGCGGGUCAGCAAUAUCCUAACGGAAAAGGCUGAGGGCACUUUCCUCUGGGUCGGCUUGGCCUGCAAAGAGCUCGAGGGAAUACCUUCAAAAGACGCUGUAGAAACCUUGCAGAACAUGCCCAAAGGGCUUCAUUCGCUCUACGAGAAGCUCCUCGAACCAGCUGUCAACAGUAACGGAGUCAACAACGUUCAUCGCGUUCUGAGCUUCGUUGCUGUGUGUGUGCGGCCGCUGAGCGUGCUAGAGCUCUCGGAUGCUUGUCAACUGCACCUCGACGAGAAGGACGAGGAAACCCGGGCUCAGUUCACACGCGAACACAUCGCGUCUUGUCGUCUCAUGGUGGUCGUUCAAAAGGAAAAGGUGCUCUUGUUACAUCAGUCUGUCAGGGACUUUUUGGCUGAGGCACGUUUUUUUGAUGAUCUCGAGGCACACGCGAACCUUGCCUAUCGCUGCGUGGACCUCCUCAUCGAGUAUUUUCAUUCCCAGGAGCCACGCGUCCGCUUUUUGGACUAUGCAAUUCAGGAAUGGGCCAAUCAUGCACGUAUGGCCAGGUCAAGAUUUGAGGUUAAGGCCUCGCAAGCCGAGUUCUUUGCCACAAAGUCCAAGUGUCGAGAGUUCUGGCUGAAAUCAUAUUACCAAAAUCGUUCUGACUGGAGAAUGGUCUCAGAGACUUCCCCCCUCUUGCAUCUCGCUGCAUAUUGGGGGAUUUCUUCUAUAGUGGAACACAUCUGUCGGCGAGAUAAUCAACCUGAUGAUGCAGAGAAGAUGUCGCGUUUAAUUAAUGCAACUGACAACAACGGCAUGACGCCACUCGAACACGCUGCGCAAACAGGGCAUAUAGAGAUUAUCUCUCUGUUGAUGGAAUUGGGAGCGAAGGUGUCUGAAGAAGCAAUGAAGGCCGCAACAGAAAACUCUGUGAAUGCCAAGCAAGUUUUGGCAUUGCUUCUCGACGGACAAAGAGACCAGAUUUCCAUCACUGAGAAGCUAAUGGUAGCUACAGCAGAAGGUUUGACAGAUCCUAAAGGACUAAUGGAAUUACUUCUCGACCGACGGGGAGCCCAGAUCACUAUCACUGAGCCUGUGGUAGUAGCUGCGGCGAGUAAUAUGAAGGAUCCUAGAGGUCUAAUGAACCUACUUCUCGACCGACGAGGAGACCAGAUCACUAUCACUGAGCAGGUAGUAAUAGCUGCAGCAAGAAACUUUUUUCUUGGCAAGGAAAUGGUGGAAUUGCUUCUCGACCGACGGGGAGCCCAGAUCACUAUCACUGAGCCUGUGGUAGUAGCUGCGACGAGUAAUAUGAAGGAUCCUAGAGGUCUAAUGGACCUACUUCUCGACCGACGAGGAGACCAGAUCACUAUCACUGAGCAGGUGGUGGUAGCUGCAGCAGAAAACGGUCUUCAUUGCAAGGAAAUGAUAGAGCUACUUCUGGACCGACGAGGAGACCAGAUCACUAUCACUGAGCGGGUAGUAAUAGCUGCAGCAAGACACGGUUUUCGUAGCAUUGAAACGGUGGAAUUACUUCUCGACCGAGGAGGAGAAGACCUCGCACAAUCCAUUCCGGUAGAGAUAUUUGAGCAACUUGAAAUCUACCGGCAAUUCUUUGACCGGGGUGGUUGGCUGUUCAAUCCUGUGACGCCGGUUACUGUAGUAAGGAGGUAA